UUCAUCUCCCUCUCCUUCACAAACAAGUAGAGUCACAAGCUCAUACCCUCCAAUUUUGUCGGGUCGGGUCCUGUAAUCUCGGACCUCAUGGCCUCCGCGCGAAAAAUGGCGGGACUCGUAUCCACGAAAUUCUUUCCGCGAGGGAAUCCUAUGAGAUGGAAACACUAUGUAUCUCAGUUGGCCGAGAAGCAAAACGACGCCGUGGCCGCCAUCCCUGAACUCCCACCCUUCGAUUACUCUCCCCUGCCCUACUCCGGCCCCUCCGCCGACGAGAUCCUCGCCAAGCGCAAGCAGUAUCUCAGCCCCUCCGUCUUCCACUUGUACAAGACUCCCGUGAACAUAGUGGAGGGGAAGAGGCAGUACUUGUACGACGACAAGGGGCGGAGGUAUUUGGACGCGUUCGGAGGGAUUGCUACGGUGUGCUGCGGGCACUGCCAUCCUGAUGUUGUGGAAGCCAUAGUGAACCAGACAAAGCGCUUGCAGCACUCGACGGUUCUUUACCUCAACCAUGCCAUCGCCGAUUUCGCCGAGGCUUUGGCUUCCAAACUUCCUGGCAAUCUCAAGGUGGUGUUUUUCACAAAUUCUGGAACGGAAGCAAACGAACUGGCAAUAUUAAUGGCAAGAUUGUAUACGGGAUGCCACGACGUUAUAUCUCUGAGGAACUCCUAUCACGGAAAUGCAGCUGGGACGAUGGGGGCCACAGCCCAAAGCAUCUGGAAAUUUAACGUUGUUCAAACUGGAGUUCAUCAUGCCGUAAAUCCAGACCCUUAUAGAGGUAUUUUUGGUUCUGACGGAGAAAAGUAUGCAAGAGAUGUCCAAGAUAUGAUUGACUUUGGCACUUCUGGAAAUGUUGCUGCCUUCAUUUCUGAAGCUAUACAGGGAGUGGGGGGCAUCAUAGAAUUGGCCCCAGGUUACUUGCCUGCCGUCUACAGCAAUAUUAAAAAAGCCGGAGGGCUCUGUAUCGCCGACGAAGUUCAGGCUGGGUUUGCUCGCACUGGAAGCCAUUUUUGGGGAUUUGAGGCCCAUGGUGUUGUUCCUGACAUUGUGACAAUGGCAAAGGGGAUUGGAAAUGGCAUUCCCUUAGGUGCAGUAGUAACUACUCCAGAGAUUGCUGAGGUCUUGGUUCGCCGAAAUUACUUCAACACUUUCGGAGGGAAUCCUGUUUGCACUGCUGCAGGGUUGGCUGUUUUAAGAGUGAUAGAGAAAGAGAAACUUCAAGAAAAUGCAUUUGUGGUGGGAUCUUAUUUGAAAGAGAGAUUCUCUGCGCUCAAGGAUAAAUAUGAAUUAAUUGGGGACGUAAGAGGGAGAGGGAUGAUCCUUGGAGUUGAACUUGUGACUGACCGUAAAUUUAAGACACCAGCAAAAGCUGAAACAUUGCAAGUAUUGGACCAGAUGAAGGAAUUAGGAGUCCUCGUUGGAAAAGGUGGGUAUUACGGGAAUGUCUUCAGAAUUACACCUCCUCUGUGUUUCACCAAAGAAGAUGCAGACUUUCUGGUGGACGCGAUGGACUUAGCGUUAUCUAGGAUGCAAUCAUAAAAAAGAUAACGUCAAAUUGUAGAUAAAGAAAUAUUUAUGUGAUCAUAUGAUAUUACCAGAACCAGAUAUCACGUUUCUGGUUUGUUAGUAAAGCUAGAAAUAUAUUACGCAGGCUUGGAUUAGAGUUACGUUACAAUUUUCUAAUGUGACCUUGCUAAAAUUAAACGAGGAGUUAACAUUUCGUUGUC